ACUUUUAUUUGCAGCAACCAUGAAAUUCUUGUUGAUCGUCGCUUCCGUCGUCGCCGUAGCCGUCGCUGGCCCGACCCGCGCCAUCGUGACCCCUGGUAGUGGUUCCGCGCCCAUCGUGGAUGCCGAAUCCCCCAUCAUCGCUGGACCCGUGCUGGUUGAGAGCCCCAUCUCUGUCGGACCUGCCCUGAUUGAGAGCCCUAUCUCCGUUGGACCCGCCCUGGUUGAGAGCCCCAUCUCUGUUGGACCCGCCUUGGUUGAGAGCCCUAUUGUUGAGAGCCCCGUCGUCGUCGACACCCCCAUCGUCGCUGAAAGCCCAGUCGUCGUCGCCGAGCUCCCCAUUGUUGUUGACGCCCCCAUCGUGAACCCCAGUCCCGCUGCUGUUGCUCCCGUCGAGGCUGAGUCCGCCUCCUCUGGUGCCGCUCCUCUGGUUCAGAUCAUCCUGAACAUCAACCAGGCUGCCGCCCCCGGGGCUCCCGCUGUCGUCGUGCCAGAGACUCCCGCUAUCGUGCCGUCUCCCAUUAUCGUGGCCCCUGAGCCCGUCCAGGUCGUCGACACCCCCAUCGUGGCCCCUGAGCCCGUCCAGGUCGUCGACACCCCUAUCGUGGCCCCUGAGCCUGUCCAGAUUGUCGACACCCCCGUCGAGGCCCCCAUCGUCGUGCCCUCACCCAUUGAGCCCCAGCCCAUCGAGCUCCCCACUCCCGUGCUACCCGCUCCCGUCGAGGUUGCCCCCGUGAUCACCCUUCCCGACAUCCUGAACUGAACAAAAAACCUCACUUUAUUUUAACUUCUGUAUAGGCUAACCAUCGCUUUACCUUUUAAUACAGUGGCAAUA